CAUGCUUACGUGAGCCCGCGAUGUAACAUUCAAAAUGGCGGACGAAUAUGCCGAGAAAAUUCAUGAGAACGAUGCAUCUCAAAACGUGAAAUCAACUGAUGUUUUGGCAGGAGCUUUGUUGUUAAGUGGUGUAACUUUUGCGUCAAUGGCUGGUGGUUUUGGAUAUGCUAUCGGACAAGCGCGAAGGAGAAGUCCAAGUUCUUUUGAUCAACGUCAACAAGAAGGGGCGAAACUAGCCAUGAGGGCUCUUGGAUGGGGCACUGUUAUUGCCGUUAGUGGGGUUGGUCUUCUGAUAUUUGGAGUGAAGACUGCUCUUGGAGUCAAAGAUACAAAAGAAUUUGGUCUCAAAAUGAAGAGCAUCUUUCCCACUAAGGAUGGAAAGUUGGUUUCAUACUUUGAGCCCUGGAGAAUUCCAAGAAACAAGGGUAAAGGGAACAGUGAGGAGUGGUGGUCUUCAGAGACCCAUAAUGCUACAGAAGAAAGAAGAUAAUUACGCUUGUUAUACAUUGUACCCUCUGAAAUGAACAACAUACCCCUUUAGAAGGAUGACAGGCUGGCACAGCAAUUUUGUUAUUUGGGCAAAAAAGAAUAUGACCAGAAAUGACCCUAGAAGAAACCAAAACACUCCCUAGAGAAAAAAUGAUGCCCAAAACAAGUACAAAAAUUACAGUAUUUGUAUUCAGGAGA